AAAGCUGAAACCAACAGCUGUUUAAUUUGUCAAUUUUUUAUUAUUAUUCUUACCUUGAAUGUGUCAUUAAUUAAAGUGCAACUGCUUUUAAUUGGCAGUAUAUAGUAGUAAUUUUUUAAUAAAAUUUUUGACUAAAAUAAAGAACCUACGCCGUUAACACAAAUUUAUUAUAAACAACCAACCCAGCAAUGGACUUUACCUCGUUUGCCAAACCCAGCAAAGCUGAUAGUGCUGUCGCCGAUUCUGCAAAAACUCCUGAAGAAUUACACUUUUGGAAACAUGUAGAAUAUAUUGAGAAUCAUGGUAAAGAUCAGGAUGAUUAUGAAUAUUGUAUGACCGAAUUUCUACGCAUGUCUGGCAUCUAUUGGGGUGUCACCGCUUUGGAUAUUAUGAAUCAAUUGGAGCGCCUUGACCGGCCGUCGAUAAUUGAGUUUAUCAAACGUUGCCAGUGUCCGACGACAGGUGGUUUUGCACCAUGUGAAGGUCAUGACCCCCAUAUAUUAUAUACUUUAUCUGCAGUGCAGAUAUUGUGUAUUUACGAUGCCCUACAGGAGAUAGACUGUGAGGCGGUGGUGAAAUAUGUGGUAUCUUUGCAGCAAAUAGAUGGCAGUUUCUUUGGUGAUCGUUGGGGUGAGGUGGAUACACGUUUCUCGUUCUGUGCCGUUGCCAUAUUGACAUUAUUGAAAAAGGAUUUGGCCACCAGCAUUGAUGUGGAAAAGGCCGUGCAAUUUGUUAUGUUGUGUUGCAAUCAAACUGAUGGUGGUUUUGGUUCUAAGCCAGGAGCAGAAUCUCAUGCUGGACUUAUUUAUUGCUGUGUGGGUUUUUUGUCUUUAACCCAACGUUUACACCUUUUGGAUGUGGAUAAAUUGGGUUGGUGGUUGUGUGAGCGUCAAUUGCCUUCUGGUGGGCUUAAUGGUAGACCUGAAAAACUGCCUGAUGUCUGCUAUUCCUGGUGGGUUUUAGCCUCUCUUACCAUAAUGGGACGUCUACAUUGGAUAAGUGCCGAAAAAUUAAAACAAUUUAUACUCUCCUGUCAAGACAACGAAACUGGUGGUUUUGCUGAUCGUACUGGCAAUUUGCCCGAUAUUUUCCACACUCUCUUUGGUAUAGGAGCUCUCUCAUUAUUGGGCUUUGAUGGCCUCAAACCCAUUAAUCCUACUCUCUGUAUGCCUCAAUAUGUUAUGGAUCGUUUGGAUAUUAAGCCUCAAAUAUUAGAAAGACCUUAAAUCCUGCAGCUAAUAGCCACUAGUUGCUGCAGUUGUAAUCGCACGAUUUUACCAUUGAAAAGACGAAAGCUUUAUGUAGGCCAAGAAAGCAUAAAAUAACUCUCUCACACUCUAUUAACUUUCUUCCAAACACUUUUUCUCUUAAUAAGUGCACCAUCUCUACACACUACAUAACUUUCAAAUUCUACUGAAAGGAAAACCGAAACCUAAACUUUAAACAAUUUGCAUUUGUAAUUUCUUAAACAGCAGGCACUAUUUUUUUAUAUAUAAAAACUAACUCAUUCUUAACUAUUUUUUAUUAAAUACAAGAACAUUAUUUUUUUUAAUAUUUAUUUUUCAACUAUGAUUUUUUUCUUUAACAUCUUAAAAGUUCUAGUAAAAUUAUUGUAUUUUUUUAUAAAUAUAUAAAUAUUAUAAUAUAAAAAGAAAUAUUAGCUUUAUUAUUUUUGCAUUUACCAAUUUAAGUAAAAUAGUAAAUGAAAAACAGAGUUAUUUUAAAUUAUUUAUAAAACUUUAUUGAAGACAAAACUAAAAAAAAAA